AUGAGUUACACACGCAAACACACGCGCACACAUUCGUCUUUUUAUGAUGCUACUACCGAACCAGUAUGUCUGCCCAGAUUGAAACUUGACUACACCAACCUUUCUAUCCUUCUUGUCGCCUUCUUCAGUAGGGUCACUGCUAACACACUUCAGCAGCCUCUGUCGCCCCAAGCCAGACUCCCUGCAGAAUUCCAUCUGCCCCCUUACUCUUCUCUAUAUCUUACCGAUUACUUCAUCUUCUGUCUCUCUCCCCACUCUCUCUCUCUUCCUUUGUCCCUCUCUCUCUCUCUCUCUCUCUCUCUCUCUCUCUCUCUCUGUCUCUCUCUGUCUCUCUACGAGUUUGGGACACGGUCCACCAACGAGGGAAGUGUUCACGCUCGACUGACCAAAACUCCCUCCUUCGUUUCUCUAGCCACAGUAUCUUCGUUCCCGGACCGACCGACUAAUUGCUUGUUGAUUUUGUUUACAGUCUUAUUACCACAGCGUCGGCACAUAACCGUUUCAUUCCCGGCUCUUUGCACCGCUGGUUUACAUCCUACCUCAUCAUGCCCACCAGUUCUUUCGUUCCCGUUUCUUCUACCUUUUCACCUUGACCGCCUACUCUUCACCCACACCUUCUCCCACUUUCGUCAAUUCCAAUUUAGGAACCAAUGUAACCACUUCUUCACUUGCCUCAUUUGGUCAACAUUGGUUCACUCCCUGACGGCCCAUUCGCCACCAACACUAAUUUUCGUUCGCCACCGAUCCCACCAUAUCUAUUUGUGGAACAUUACUGAGCUAGAAUAA